AUGUAUACCAUCAAGUAUCGCAUAGGAUUCCGCCUUUUGCUGGCAAAAGCGCAGAAAAGGGAACUUUCCAGAAACUUUACUCGCUACUUUUCCUCUAUGGAAAGAUGUAGAAACAUUGGUAUAUCUGCCCAUAUAGAUUCUGGAAAGACUACACUCACUGAACGUAUUCUCUACUACACAGGAAGGAUCGACAGCAUCCAUGAAGUACGUGGUUCAGACGGUGUUGGUGCCAAGAUGGAUUCCAUGGAACUCGAAAGAGAAAGAGGAAUCACAAUCCAAUCUGCAAGUACGUAUUGCAAAUGGAGAACGAACGAAAAAGAAUAUGACAUAAACAUCAUAGACACACCCGGACAUGUGGAUUUUACCAUAGAAGUAGAAAGGGCCUUGAGAGUACUAGAUGGUGCCAUUUUGUUGGUAUGUUCCGUAGCAGGUGUACAAAGUCAAACAUUGACAGUAAACAAGCAAAUGGACCGAUAUUCAAUCCCCCGGAUAUUUUUUUUGAAUAAAAUGGACAGAGAAGGUGCGGAUGUUAAUCGAUCGGUAGAAAUGUUACAAAAGAGAAUGGGAUUGCAAGUAUCUCUACUGCAACUCCCAAUAUUUGCGAAUAAUAAAUUUGAGGGAAUUGUAGAUAUAAUUAAUGGAAAUGCUUACUAUUUUAAAGGAACCCACGGAGAAACAUUGCAACUGGAAGAAGUUCCGGCGGGAAUGAAAGAUAUGAUACAAGAAACAUAUACAAACCUCUUGGAAAAGCUUGCAGAUGUUGACGAUAUAUUCGCAGAGCAUUUUCUGGAGAAUAACAUUUCUGUACCCUUGAUAAAAGAAGCGAUCCGACGUUCUACUUUAAAUCAUAAAAUGUAUCCUGUACUACUAGGAUCAGCAAAGGGAAACAAAGGGGUGCAGUUGCUCUUGGAUGCUGUUUGUGAAUACCUCCCACAUCCCUUUGAAGUCAAGAACACGGCUUACACUAAAGACGGCGAUCCUAUAACUAUAGAUGGGUCGAUUUCUUCCCCACUUCUGGCAUAUGGAUUCAAAAUACAAGAUACACACUUGGGACAGCUGACAUAUUUGCGCAUAUACCAAGGAACCUUGAGAAAGGGUCUACCACUACACUUGGUAGAGGAUGGAAAACGUCAUAGUUUUAAGAAACUGUACAGAAUGCAUUCAAAUGAGAGCGAAGAAAUACAAUCUGCGAACUCUGGGGAUAUUGUUGCAAUAUCAGGGCUUAAAUGCAACUCUGGUGUUACGUUUACAGAUGGAAGACUAGAACAUACAAUGGCACCGUUAUAUGUUCCGUUACCAGUUGUUUCAUUGGCCCUCAAAAAAGUUAGUCAUUCUGAUCUAUCAAAAUUAUCAAAAGCCCUUGCGAGGUUCCAGAGGGAAGAUCCCACAUUUAAAAUAACUAUAGAUGACGAAUCUAAAGAAACAAUCAUGUCCGGAAUGGGUGAAUUGCAUUUAGGAAUAUAUAUUGAGAGGAUGAAACGUGAGUACGGUCUUGAAUUGGAAACGGGGAAACCUAUUGUAAACUAUAGAGAAACGGUUACCACAAGAGUAGACUUUGAUUACACUCACAAACGCCAAUCUGGAGGUGCAGGGCAAUAUGGAAAAAUUAUAGGCUAUAUUGAGCCGAUUGGAGAAGAUCCUAACGACCAUAUCUGCAUAGAAUUUGUGAACAAAUUGAUAGGAAAUGACAUCCCACCUAGCUUUAUCCCUAGCAUCGAAAAUGGAUUUAGGGAAUGUGCAAAAAAGGGUCUUUUGUCAGGUAGACCUAUGAUAAAUACAAGAUUCGUGCUCACAGAUGGAGCUUCACAUGAGGUUGACUCGUCGGAUAUAGCCUUCAAAUUGGCCGCAUUCGGUGCGUUUAACGAAGUUUUUAUGGACGCUGAACCAAUUAUACUCGAACCAAUCAUGUCAAUAGAAGUUGUCUCUCCAUCUGAAUAUCAAUCACAGUGUUUGUCAACCCUCACAAAAAGAAAGGGUGUAGUCACAAAUACAGGCAACUACGGAGAUAACGUGGUACUAAGUGCAGAUGUACCAUUAAGAAAUAUGUUUGGAUACAUUACGGAUCUUAGAGCUGCAACAAAAGGUCAAGGCGAAUUCACAAUGGAAUUCAAGUAUUACCAGCCCAUGAACAAGGCAGACCAAGAUGAAGCAAUGAAGGAAUACCAAGACUCACUUAAGAAAUAA